AAAAGAGAACGAAGUAUUGUUCCUGUUCUCCUUCUUAAGUCAUUUGAAACACUGUCCCUGUGAGUUCUUUAAGUUCCCUGCAAUCUGUACACAAGAGAAAGAGGGAGAGAGAGAGAGGGAGAGACAGAGAGAGCCAGGGAGCAGGUAAAGCGGUGGGGCCGCUGCGGCCAGUCAGCCCUCAGGAGCUGGGAAACCGACCCGAGAUGCCGAAGACAAUGAAGAUGGUCAAAGAAGACGACGUGCCCUUCACCUUGGGUCACCAUGGUCUGCAGCCAGUGGCUUCCCGAGACCGGGAUCCGCAGAGACACCCAUUCCCAGAGGCUCUACGGGGUCCCUUUUCCCAGUUUCGUUACGAACCUGCUCCGGGAGACCUGGAAGGCUUCCCUGAGGCCUUCGAAGGAGGAGGAGGAGGAGGAGGAGGAGGAGGAGGCUCCCGGAAGCGGAAGAGCAUGCCCACAAAGAUGCCUUACAGCCACCCGGCGGCGGCGGGGGCGGCGGCGGCGGAAGGAGCAGCCACGCCGGCCCCUCGCCCGGAGCAGGGCAAAAGCCAGGGGCCUGCGAGCCUCCCCCUGCUCUUCCCGCCUCGCCCCAGCCCCAAGGGCGACUCGCAGAUGAUCGACCUGUGCCACGUGGGCUUCCAGUUCUACCGCACGCUGGAGCCCCUGGGCGCCAGGCCGGUCAAGCAAGAGCCCAUCAAGCCCAGCGCCGUGUGGCCACCGCCCGCGGCCUCUCCUUUCCUGCCCGCCCCCUAUCCUUACUACCCCAAGCUGCACCCGGGGCUCAUGUUCCCUUUCUUCGUGCCCUCGUCCUCGCCUUUCCCCUUCGGCCGCCACGCGUUCCUGCCCAAGCAUCCCCGUGGGGAGGAGGAAGCGGAGGAGGCGGAGGAGGCGGCGGCGCGCGUGGAGCGGGUGGACGUGAACGUGCAGAUCGACGACAGCUACUACGUGGACGUGGGCGGCUCGCAGAAGCGCUGGCAGUGCCCCACGUGCGACAAGUCCUACACGUCCAAGUACAACCUGGUGACGCACAUCCUGGGCCACAGCGGCAUCAAGCCGCACGCGUGCGGCCGCUGCGGCAAGCUCUUCAAGCAGCUCAGCCACCUGCACACGCACAUGCUCACGCACCAGGGCACGCGGCCGCACAAGUGCCAGGUGUGCCACAAGGCCUUCACGCAGACCAGCCACCUCAAGCGGCACAUGAUGCAGCACAGCGACGUGAAGCCGCACAACUGCCGCGUGUGCGGCCGCGGCUUCGCCUACCCGAGCGAGCUGCGCGCGCACGAGGCCAAGCACGCGGCGGGCGGGCGCGAGAACGUCUGCGUGGAGUGCGGCCUCGACUUCGCCAGCCUGGCGCAGCUCAAGCGGCACCUCACCACGCACCGGGGCCCCGUGCAGUACCACUGCUCCGACUGCGACAAGACCUUCCAGUACCCGAGCCAGCUGCAGAACCACAUGAUGAAGCACAAGGACAUCCGCCCCUACAUCUGCUCCGAGUGCGGCAUGGAGUUCGUGCAGCCUCACCACCUCAAGCAGCAUUCGCUCACCCACAAGGGCGUGAAGGAGCACAAGUGUGGGAUUUGCGGCCGGGAGUUCACCCUGCUGGCCAACAUGAAGAGGCACGUGCUCAUCCACACCAACAUCCGAGCCUACCAGUGUCACCUGUGCUACAAGAGCUUCGUGCAGAAGCAGACCCUCAAGGCGCACAUGAUCGUCCACUCCGACGUGAAGCCUUUCAAAUGCAAGCUGUGUGGAAAGGAGUUCAACCGGAUGCACAAUCUUAUGGGCCACAUGCACCUGCACUCAGACAGCAAGCCCUUUAAGUGCCUCUACUGCCCCAGCAAGUUCACCCUGAAGGGCAACCUGACGCGCCACAUGAAGGUCAAGCACGGAGUGAUGGAGCGAGGCCUCCACUCUCAAGGUCUGGGGAGGGAGAGACUGGCCCUGACACAGACGGUGGGGCUCCUGCGCAGCCUGGAGCAGGAGGAGCCUUUCGACCUCUCGCAGAAGCACAGUGGGAAGAGGCCCGGGUUCCAGUCGGAUGGGGAGAGCGCUGUCGGCAGUCCUUGCCCGGAGGAGGAGGAGGAGGAGAACUGCUACGAGGCAGAGCCCUGCAGCCCCGGCUUGGCCCCGGAGACUCAGCCGCUUUGUGUGCCCCAGGAUCUGUCCACCAAGCCGGAGCAGCCCCCCCAGGGGCUGGAGGAAGUCUGCAAGGAGGAGGAGGAGGAGGGGGUUCCGAGCGAGGAGCAGCAGCAGCGGGAGGGACGGAGCAAGGACCACUUGGGAGCCCCAGAGAUGGACUGUGUCCCCGGAGAGGAGCAUUUCGGCCUUGGGUUUCUUCAGAGCAGCCGCAGGGGCCCCUCUUUUUCUGAUUACUUAUACCUCAAGCACAGAGAUGAGAGUUUAAAAGAAUUACUGGAGAGGAAAAUGGAAAAACAAGCAGUGCUUUUGGGUAUCUAAGUGGACCGCUUUUAAAUUACAUUUGGAAAAUGAGAACUAGGCAGUUCAAAUAUAGCUUUCUGCAUGAACUGUCAUUUGCUGGGAACUGGAGAGAGGUGCCGAUCUUUACAAAUAGCUGACUAAAUGUGCAGGUAAUGUAAAUGCUUCUCAGGCUAUUCCUCGGGCCCUUAAUACUUUUAACACACAUGCGGGGUCUCUUCAGUGUUAUUUUAUGCGUCACCCCCCCGUUAAUAAACUGUGCAUAUUUCUCUAGAA